UCGCCUCCCCACACCCAGGGCUGGCGUCGGAGAGGAGGAGUCGCCGUCUGCGCCGGGGCGCAGUGUAUGUGUGUGUCGUGAGGGGGGAGAAGAGAGUCCUGGAGGCGGGGCAAGAGCUGAGCAGCCGGAACGCGGCUGCCGCCGCCUCCUCGUCGUUGUCGUCGCCGCCGCAGCGGCUUGUAAACAGAUCCGGGGCCUCCACGUGACCGCCUCAAGUACCUGUGUGAGGGGACUGUAUUGACUUGACUCUCGUAUUGUCUCCGGCAGGCAAGCAGCAGCAGCAAGAGGAGCCGCCGCCGCCGCCGCCGGGCUCAUGACAACAAAGCCGAGCGGGAGAGCGCGAGGGGAGCGCGCGCCGCGGCGGCAGCAGCAGCAGCUGCAGUUGCUGACGACUCUCUGGCGCCUUCUUAGCCUAUCCCCCUCGUCGUCCCUUCCCCUCGCAUCCCACCCGGCCCCGCCAGCAGCGCAUCCUUCCCUUCACGUUCCCUCCCUCCCUGCCCGCCGCCGCCGCUAAAAUGGCUGAGGCUGUUGGGCAGUGACUUGAGCGCCCUGGUCCCGGUUUGGUGGUCGUGAGGAAGCAAGGGAGCCGGGCGGCGGCGGGCAGCGGCUGCCCCCCCCCGGCCACCAUGAGCACCUUCGCCUUGGAGGAGACCCUGGAGGCGGACUGGGUGGCCGUGAGGCCUCACGCCUUCCACGAACGGGAGAAGCACAAGUUCGUCUUCAUCGUGGCCUGGAAUGAGAUCGAGGGCAAGUUCGCCAUCACCUGCCACAACCGGACGGCGCAGAGGCAGCGCAGCGGCUCCAGGGAGAUCCGCCGCGGGGGGAGCCGGCCUCGAGCACCAGCGAGCCGCCACCGCCGCGCCUCUUCCUCCAAGGUGCCCGGGAGCCCCACCGUCCGCAGGAGCAGCCCGGCCUGGAGCAGCGCCGAGCCUGGCCAAGCCAGGAGCUCGCCGGUUUCUCCCGCCCGGGCCGAGCCGUUGCCUAGGAGCCCCGGCAGCCGAGUGGCGGAGGCGCCGCCGCCGCAGAGGAGCCCGGCCCGGGCGCGGAGCAGCCCUGCCCGGAGGCCUCAGCCUGCUGCGAAGGCGCCGCUCAGCCCCGCGGCCUGCGCGGCCGAGGACAUCGAGGUGCUGGAGCUGGGGAAAGACGAGCCUGCGGGAGGAGCCGCUUUCCUGCUGCCGUCCCCGCUCGCCGGGCCUGCAGCGGCCCCGCAGCCGCCUUCCGCGGAGACCGAGGCGCCGUCGGGCGAGGAGUGCAGCUGGGCCGGCCUCUUCUCUUUCCAGGACCUGCGGGCCGUGCACCAGCAGCUGUGCUCGGUGAGCUCCGAGCUGGAGCCCUGCUUGCCGGUCCUUCCCGAGGAGCCGUCGGGCAUGUGGACGGUCCUCUUCGGAGCUCCGGAGAUGUCGGAGGAGGAGAUGGACACUUUGUGCUGCCGGCUGCAGGUCUACCUGGGCCACUGCCUGGACACCUGCGGGUGGAAGAUCCUCUCCCAGGUACUCUUCACCGAAACGGACGACCCGGAGGAGUAUUACGAGAGCCUGAGCGAGCUGCGGCAAAAGGGCUACGAGGAAGUGCUGCAGCGGGCCCGCAAGCGCAUCCAGGAGCUCCUAGAGAAACACAAGAAUACCGAAAGCAUGGUGGAGCUGCUUGAACUAUAUCAAAUGGAAGAUGAAGCAUAUAGCAUUCUUGCUGAAGCAACUACAGAACUUUAUCAGUACUUACUGCAGCCAUUCCGAGAUAUGAGGGAGCUUGCAAUGCUCAGAAGACAGCAGAUAAAGAUAUCCAUAGAGAAUGAUUACCUGGGACCUAGAAGAAUUGAGAGUCUACAAAAAGAAGAUGCAGACUGGCAGCGGAAGGCCCACAUGGCUGUGCUUUCUAUUCAAGACCUCACUGUUAAAUAUUUUGAAAUAACAGCAAAAGCACAGAAAGCUGUAUACGAUCGAAUGCGAGCAGACCAGAAAAAGUUUGGUAAGGCAGCUUGGGCAGCAGCAGUGGAACGAAUGGAAAAGCUUCAGUAUGCAGUGUCUAAGGAGACUUUGCAGCUUAUGAGAGCAAAAGAAAUCUGUUUGGAACAGAAGAAACAUGCGUUAAAAGAAGAGAUGCAGAGUUUACAAGGUGGCACAGAAGCCAUAGCCCAUUUGGAUCAACUUGAAUCUGAUUAUUAUGACCUGCAACUUCAGUUGUAUGAAGUACAGUUUGAAAUUUUGAAGUGUGAAGAACUGCUGCUGACAGCACAACUUGAAAGCAUCAAAAGACUUAUUUCAGAGAAAAGAGAUGAAGUAGUGUAUUAUGAUACCUAUGAAAGUAUGGAAGCCAUGCUCGAAAAAGAAGAUAUGGCAGCAUCUAUACACUUGCAAAGAGAAGAGCUACAGAAAUUGCAACAGAAAGUCCGCCAGCUAGAAGCAAGGCGUGGGCGCAUUUCAGCCAAGAAGGCCUACCUCAGAAAUAAAAAGGAGAUCUGCAUUGCAAAACAUCAUGAAAAAUUCUUGCAGCACUUUCAGAGUGAAGAAGAGUCACAGCAUACUGCACAGUUUAAGAGGGAGCAGUUGCAAGCUGAAGAAGAAAGAAAAAGCUCAUGGGUUACUCAGGAACGACAGAUAACACUGGACAGACUUCGAACAUUUAAACAGCGCUAUCCUGGACAGGUAAUACUCAAAUCAACCAGACUUCGACUGGCCCAUGCAAGAAGAAAAAGUACGGCCAGUUCAACUUCAUGUGCUGAUCAUCGUCUGUCGCUACCUGUAACUACACAGACUGAUGUGGUGGGGCAAGAAAAAAGAAUACAACCUUUACAAAUCCAGGAGUCUAGAAAUUUAGGACCACUUGAAGAUACUUCACCUCCCUGUGGCGUUAUCUCUGAAUUUUCUCAAAUUCCUUCUCCUCCUGCUCUUCUCAGUAAUGAACUUCAGCCCAAUAUAGUUAAUGAGGCCCCAAUGCCUCCCCCUCUUCCACCGCCGCCGCCACCACCUCUGCCCACCAAGGAAGAGUCUACUCAGUGCUCUGAGAAGAGCAGUAGCCCUGUGAAACAACCCAGCAUUGAGAAGCCAGCACUGCUGACCACCAUAGCACCAUCAGCUCAUUUCUUUGAUAGCAGCCAGUUGGUCAGUGCCAAGAAGAAACUAAAGAAAAUGGGCGAUAUGGAAGGCUUGCAGAGGAGAAGAGUGAGUUCCCCAAUGGAUGAGGUGUUGGCUUCCUUGAAACGUGGUAGCUUCCACCUGAGGAAAGUUGAGCAGAGAAAUCUCCCACCUUUCCCUGAUGAAGACGACAGCAAUAACAUCUUGGCACAGAUAAGAAAAGGUGUGAAACUGAAGAAAGUGCAAAAGGACCUCAUGAGAGAAUCAUUCACAAUUCUACCUGAUGAUGACCCUUUGACACGCAGCAUCCAUGAAGCACUACGGCGAAUUAAGGAAGCAUCACCAGAGUCUGAAGAUGAAGAGGAGAACCUGCCUUGCACAGACUGGGAAAAUUAAGGAGUGGUGAGGAUUCCACAGAAUAAUGAUUUUCCUUUCACUUCUGAACAUCCAUAGUCAACAGUUUGACCUUCUGUCUGGGAAAGGCGUCAUCUGACAAACAAUUUGAUAUGUGCAGAAGAGCUUAAAAUGCAUUUUUUAAAAUUAUGGUACAAAAUUCUGAUGGGAUCAAAAACUACCUUAUUAGAUGUGUAUUUUGCAGAACACUGAGGAGAACGAACCAUUCAAGAUAUUUCUGGUUCUUCACUCACUUUUUACAGUCGUGUGAAACACUAAAUCAGCACCUAUUGCAGCAGAGCUUCUUCCCAGCAUAAUUUACCAGGACAGGUAUGCAAUCUGACCUUUGGUUCACUGAAGACUUCACUGUUUAAUCAACAAAUUGCUACUUUCACAUCAGCUUCUAUUACAGCAACAGGAAUUCUCCUAAAGGUCUUUAUUUCUCACUAUAUUUGUCAUGUAGGAAGUGGAUUUCAGAGAUAUAAUGCAUUUUAACUAUUCAUUGUACAAAAUACAAGUUAUUUUGAAAAUGGGAACAAAUGGCUCUACAGAAUAACAGGAAGCCCCCUAAGAGUGGAAUACAUAUACUUAAGAAUGUAUUGUUUACAGCCUAGUACAUUUAAAAUGGCAUAUAGCAAAACCCUUUAGAAGGCCAUGUAUACUGUGUACAUCUUGUAUUUUAAAAUUAGAAUUUCCCAUGCUCGUAUAAAUAGAAACAUUUUAAUUGCAGGACUGAGUGAUAGAUAAUAAAGUUACAUAAAAUUUUAUUUAUAGAAGCAAUAUUUUGUAAUGAGAAUACUUAAAAUUAUUUUUGUCUAUUAGUUUGACUGUUCUUUGAUUACUCUAAGGAACCUUUAUUUAAAGAAAAUUCAAAACUGAAAUCCCAUUUUACUGUUAAGUUGUGGAAGUUAUCAUUUUCCCCCAGUUUUCAUUAUUCCUGUCAUUGUUAAAAUAUUUGAGUUAUGUAACAGCCUGCUUAUUUGAAAAACACUUCAUUUUUAACCCUGGUUGUAUAAUGGUCUAAAGGAGGCACAGCCUUUGGUACAGUGAAUAUCUAAAGCAACGUAAUCCCAAACAGAAUGACUAAUAGCUGCAGGCAGCUCAUUUUUAAUAACAGAGUACUGUACGGAAUAGUAUUUCUGCACCAGGCCUAAUCUUACCCUUAUUAAAAUGCUCUCUAAUGAAAAUUUCUGCUUGUAGGAGAAUCUUGUGCUUGACAAACUAUGAUCCCAUAUGAUAGGAAAUAUCCAUUUUAAAAUGAUUUACUAUAUUCACUGCCCUGUUAUAAGCAGAUGCAUAUUGGAUGGAAUGCAUUUAGCAAGCCCACUCAUCUUUCAUAGUAAGAGGUUAAAUAAAUGUCUUGCUGUUUUUCAUUUUAAAAAUACUUGGAAGUACCCUGAAUACUUGACAAUACAUGUAACAGUCCAGCUCAACUCUUGGAAAUAUUUGGGUGUGCAAAAGUUACUACCUAGGCCAGUAAUAAUAAUGAGAAAUAUUUUAUCAGGAUACCUGCCAUUCUGGUUUGUUUUUUUUAAAAAAAGCUUAUUGCCUUAUAUAGUCUGAAAUGCUGUCCUUUCCCAAAGGUAAGCUUGAGAAUAGCUUGAGUUCAAUUAUUGUGAGAACGCCUUCUGUUGGGGAGACAAAGAACUGUAUUAGGAACUGAACAUUAAUUUUCUGAAAAACAAGACAACCCAUUUCCUUUCCAAGUUACUGCAUAUUAACCAAAAUCGCAUUAUGCACUGUGUGGUUACAGUCACAGAUAAUGCAAGAUUUGGUGGUGGCAAUAAUUAAAUAGCUGCAAAAUAUAACUGUUGACCUUUAGCAUAAACCAUAAUAUAUGUAGUUGGUGUGCCUUUGCGAUUUAGUCACCUCCAUUUAGUCACACUCCAAAUUUCCACUGUAUAAUAUAUUGUGUUUGAAAUUUUAGUUGUAGUCCAAAACACGAACUUCUAAAAAUUAGGAUGAGAUGGAUCAUGUAAAGCUUUACACAAUCAGUUGCAGCAGGAGCUUUGAAUGGGAAAUUUUGCUAGACAAUUCACAUAAUCAAGGAGACAUAACUUAUUGAAAAUUGAGAGUAACACUCCUUAUGCUAAUACUCUUUUGCAACUAUAAAUUUUAAAUUCAUAUGGAAAGUUUAUAAAGCUCUCAAGAUGAUUGUGAAAUGUUCAGGUUGUAUAUAUGGAAUCUUU